GAGAGGGAGGUACCCAGAAAGCUUUCUCUCUCUCUCUCUCUCUCUGUGUGCUUUUUCACAAAAAAGACUCAACUGGGGCUGAAACUGAAACAGUGUAAGACUUGUAAAAGCAGUAGAGUCUCUUGCCCUCCUUCAUUCUCACAGUUUCCUGUUUAAGGAGGCCAUUUUGUAACUCAACCUGGAGAAGAGCACAACAAAGUUUGACAUUGUUUUUGUUUUUUUUUCUCUCCCACGGACGGGAGUUUUACAAUCAAGUUUGGACUUUCUCCUCUGCAGAGCAACUUCUUUGGACAAGAGAGGUGAAGAGGGUUGGAGGGGGAGAAGGUGGUGGAGGAAAAGCAGCAGGGGGCUAGUUUUCUCCCUCAGUGUGUCUUUCUUUUAUGAGUCAUUCACACACAUUGCUCAUGCCUGUCAUGCCUGGACAAUAACAGGAGUCUGACGACGAGAGAGCGCGAAAGAAGGUGGCUGAAAGGAGGAAAAACCACCGCUUCCUGGAUCAAGGAUUUCUCCCUUGAUCCACUAGGAGGAGGUGGACACUGAACACAGGGGAACCAGGACUCAGUGUGUGUACCCCUCUGUCCUCCACUGAGACAGUUUAAAUGACUGUGGCUUUUUUGAGAACUCUAGAUUUCACCUGGGUGUGUUUGUGAGUGUGUAUGUUGAGAGCUUCAGGCAGCCAACAGACAGGACUCUGGAUGGCUAACGCUAGCCCAUGUAUGCCCACAGGGGCCAUGGCCCAGGUCUUCUUUCCUCCUGGUGGCUCCUCACCACCCAGCUCAGCUGUGAUGCAGCAGGGGACCCACAUAUCUAUGCCCUCUAUGCCCACUCAAGGCGGUUUUCCUGUGAUGGACUUGAUACCAGGACAGGGUCUUGGUGGUGUUGUGAUACCCUCACUGCCUCCCACUCCAGCAGGAGUGUCCUUUAUCAUCCAGAUUGGCCUGACCAGAGAAUCUGUCCUGAUGCCCCAGACUGCUGACCUGGCCUAUGUUAAACAAAUUGCCUGCUCUAUUGUCGACACCAAGUUCCCUGAGUGCGGCUUCUAUGGCAUUUAUGACAAGAUUUUGCUGUUCAAGCAUGACACAUCCACCAACAACAUCUUGCAACUGGUUAAAGGGGCUGGUGACAUUCAGGAGGGAGAUUUGGUGGAGGUGGUGCUUUCUGCGGCAGCCACGUUUGAAGAUUUCCAGAUUCGGCCCCAUGCACUCAAUGUGCACUCGUACCGGGCCCCAGCCUUCUGUGAUCACUGUGGAGAGAUGCUGUUCGGACUGGUCAGACAAGGGCUCAAGUGUGAUGGAUGUGGACUAAACUACCACAAGCGCUGUGCAUUCAGCAUCCCAAACAACUGCAGUGGAGCUCGUAAACGGCGUCUGUCCACCACUUCCCUGAGCAGCACACAAUCCCUACGUCUCUCCACCACUGAGUCGGUGUACAGUGUAGGGACGGCCUCUACCUGCGCAGAGGAUGCCAGCCUCAUCCGCUCACACACACAAAUGCCGCGGACCCCUAGUGACGCCCGACGCUUCUACACUGGCCGACCUGUUCAUUUGGACAAGAUCCUGAUGAGCAAGGUGAAGGUGCCCCACACGUUUGCUGUCCACUCGUACACACGGCCAACAGUAUGCCAGUACUGCAAGAGGCUUCUUCGAGGACUGUUUAGGCAGGGCCUUCAGUGCAAAGACUGCAAGUUCAACUGCCAUAAACGCUGUGCAUACAAGGUUCCUAAUGACUGUCUUGGGGAGACCUUUGGAGACAACAGAAGUAACUGUGACAUGAUGAGUCCCUCUGCAGACCCAGAGGUGCCCAUGGACUACAGCAGUGAGUACGAUGCCUCAGACAAGUCUUCAAUAGAUGACUCAGACGAGGCCUGCAGCAUCCCGGGGUCCUUUUCUCCUGACAACAACCAGGAUGGAACCAGCGGUGAUCAGAGUGUUUACAUCCCACUAAUGAGGGUGGUACAGUCAGUGAGACAGACAACCCGUCGAUCCAGCACGGCUAUCAAGGAAGGAUGGAUGGUUCACUACAGCAAUAAGGAUACACUGAGAAAGAGGCACUACUGGCGUCUGGACUGUAAGUGCAUCAUCCUUUUCCAGAACAACACCUCCAACAAAUACUACAAGGAGAUCCCUCUGUCUGAGAUCCUGGAGGUGCGUCCCGCUGGCAACUUCACUCUUGUCCCCCCAGGCACAAAUCCUCACUGCUUCGAGCUCAUCACAGGCAGCAUGUGCUACUUUGUAGGGGAGGACCCCAACACCCUUCCAGCUCUGUCCCCUAGCAAUGCCCAGACUCUUCCCCAGACCCCUCCCUCCCCCAGCCAAGUAGCUCCCAACAGUGGCAUUGGGCGUGAGGUGGCCAAGGCGUGGGAGAGCGUCGUUCGCCAGGCCCUCAUGCCAGUCAUCUUUCAGGACGCACCACCUUCUGAGGGGAACACAACUCAUAGACAAGCCUCUAUCAGCAUAUCUGUGUCCAACAGUCAAAUCCAAGAGAAUGUGGAUAUUGGUACAGUGUAUCAGAUUUUUGCAGAUGAAGUGCUGGGAUCUGGGCAGUUUGGAGUGGUGUAUGGAGGUAAGCACAGGAAAACAGGGAGGGAUGUAGCUGUCAAAGUCAUUGACAAGCUUCGCUUUCCCACCAAGCAGGAGAGUCAGCUGAGGAAUGAGGUGGCCAUACUGCAGAGUUUACGUCACCUGGGCAUUGUGAACCUGGAGUGUAUGUUUGAGACCCCAGAGAAAGUGUUUGUGGUGAUGGAGAAGCUACAUGGUGAUAUGCUAGAGAUGAUCCUCUCUAGUGAGAAAGGCAGAUUGCCUGAGAGGCUCACUAAGUUCCUCAUUACACAGAUUCUUGCAGCUCUGAGACAUCUGCACUUUAAGAACAUCGUUCACUGUGAUCUGAAACCUGAGAAUGUGCUGCUUGCCUCUGCUGAUCCCUUCCCCCAGGUGAAGUUAUGUGACUUUGGUUUUGCCCGCAUCAUCGGCGAAAAGUCUUUCCGUCGCUCUGUAGUUGGCACCCCCGCUUACCUGGCCCCGGAGGUUUUGCUGAACCAGGGCUACAACCGCUCACUGGACAUGUGGUCGGUUGGCGUCAUUAUGUAUGUCAGCCUGAGUGGGACAUUCCCGUUUAAUGAGGACGAAGAUAUCAACGACCAGAUCCACAACGCAGCCUUCAUGUACCCUCACAACCCCUGGAAACAGAUCUCCAGUGAUGCAAUCGACUUGAUCAACAACCUGCUGCAAGUUAAGAUGAGGAAACGCUACAGCGUGGACAAGAGUCUCAGCCACGUAUACUUACAGGACUAUCAGGCGUGGCUGGACCUGCGGGAGCUGGAGACUAAACUCGGCAGGCGUUACAUCACCCAUGAGAGUGAUGACAGCCGCUGGCAAAUGUAUGCCCGAGAACAUACUCUGCCUUACCCCGCUUACCUCGUGCCUCCUCCUCCUGCCCCGGCCUCGGACGAUGAGGAAGGCGGGGAAGACGCAGAUGUGCAAGGCCUCACUGAGAGGGUCAGCAUCCUCUGACAAGAGAGACAGAGGACUCAUUUAAGAAGGAGGAAAGAAGUAGGGAGAGGGAUGGAGGAAGAGAGUUUCGACCAAGAGGCUGAAAGAGACAUACAGUUGCUGAAAAUAGUAUGGUUCUAAUAAGAAUAGUGUCUAGCAGAUUAGACUUCCACAGCAAAGCAUCUGUGUGCCAGAACUCAAUGUUACAAUAAUAAAUCCAGUUCCUCUGCUCCAGCCUGAGGUCAGCAAAAUUUCCUUCUGAUCAUUUACCCCUGCUAUUAUUGGUCCUCCUUCAUCUUUUGAAUUGCUGAACUCGGUCCAUGAUGGAGACCGACUCUGUUUCACAUCAUCUGUGUGGCUGAACUGGGACAUCUUCACAGUUACAAUCCAAGCUCAACUUGAAAAGCAGCACAUUCUUUUUUCACCGCAAAGCGCUCCAAAUAUGAAGCAGGAAAUGCUAUUUCACCACAAGCGAUGAAGAUUAGAAUUUGGUGUUAGGUGUGUUUAUUGAAGUAUUUUUUUCAUUUAAAAUGAAACUGCCUCCCAUUAAAGUAGAACAUUUGCUUUUAGAGUCAUUUAAUUGGACUGACUGGAAUAACAGUCCCUCUUGUGUCUUCAGGAAAGACCGGUUCCACCUAUUUUCAGAGAUGGAAGCCUUUAUAGUAACAAAAGACUUCCCCUGUGCUGGUAAUUACUAAUGUGCAGAGAUGGAGUCAAACCCAUCUGUAUUUACAAAAUCAUGUCAUGUAGUGAAAACUGGAAUUAUUGAUCUGGGGACAGAAAAUCCAGUAAUUACCACUUUUGCGCCACAAGAGACUCUUAGAAAACAUAUGUGAUUAAAAACAUCACGGCAGGUUUAAAUGAACUCUAGCACUGGGCUGCCAUGACCAGACCGUUUUUAACAAUGUCAUGUGAGACAUUUCUACCUGCAGCUAACAAAUUAUACAACAUUAGCCACUAUUACUGUUGCUCAAUGGUGAAAAUUGCUUCUAUUGUGUUGAGUCGCCUACUCUCAAGCAGUUAUAUGGUGAAUAACGUGUGUGUGUGUGUGUGUGUGUGUGUGUGUGUGUGUGUGUGUGUGUGUGUGUGUGUGUGUGUGUGUGUGUGUCCACUGAUUCAAAUACUUGUAUUGAUGGCAACAUUUUUACACUUGAGCAGGUAAAUGGACAACAACAAACAACACAACUCCUGUAUUGUUGUUAGGAAGAGCAGACCUCUGCCUGUGAUGUAAGUGUACAGAUGAUCAGCUUGGUUACUAAACUAGAUUUUGGAGAGUGUACGUAGUUUGAUUAUUGACCUACUGUCAAUGUCAAUGUGUUGCAUGUUUCUGUGAAGUAGAAUUAUGGAGAUAAAAUUAAAACAUACUUUAGUUAUGAUAGUCUAUUAUACACGUGUAACCUGAAGUUUAUAUAGUAGUCAAAAAUGUGUAUGACUGUGUAUGGCAUGUUUGAAGGAUAAUCCUAGCCUUGGUAAACAGAUAAUAGAAACCUUGAAACAUA